AUGGAAGAAAUACCAGAAGCCUUAGUGGUACAUUCAUCGGUUGCCUCACAAUAUCCCUACGAUAAACCACCACCAUCCUAUGAGGUCCGUUAUGUUCCAUCACAAAUAUAUUUUAAAAGUCGUCAAAUUUACAUCAGCGACAACAACAAAGAGAAAAAAUUUAUAAAAUUGAAGUUUUUUGUCUUUAAAACUGAAGAUUCGAAACGAUUCUCUAAUACUUUAGUCCGGAACGAUGGGGUAGAAAAUGAGGUAAGAGAGGAGUGUGAGGCUGAGGACAGAACGAAGAGUAGAAAGAGGAAGCGUUUAUUGUUAGAAAGGUUCCUUUAA